GACCUGGUGGCAAGAAGCAAAACGGGAGUCAGCAGUGUGUCCUUGCAGCACAGUCAGCCAGCCUGGGUUUGGGUUGGCUGGUGGGAUGAAGAGGUUCUAUCUCUCUCGUUAGCAUGAGCGAGAGCUCGAUCACAUGAUUCUGAAAAGCACAAAUAAUUUGGGUGAAAUGCCAGAUGGCAAAGCAAGCCAUGUGGGAUCAGAGAGAAGCCAGCAAAGCGUGACACUUGGAGGUCACUGUCAUCACUACUCUAUCAGGAUUUGUCCCGAGGGCAUGUUUCACCUGCUGGAGUUCAAGGCAGGCAACCCAGAGGUGUUCAAGAUGUUGUGUGAUUGCAGGUUUGCAAGGGAAAGCAACACCCUUCCCUCCAGGUAUCCCUUUACAGGCUGGCAGCUUGGUUGGGAUGUGGCUUCUCAGCACAUCCUUGGAGAUGGUCACCUUCCUGGCUGGAGCAAAGGGAUGUGGAGAAAGCCGUGCCCGAGCUGCCUGCUGUCCCAUUCCCCCUGUCAGGUGCUGAUGAGCAGCACAGAGGAUAACGCACCUUGCUUAAGCACAUGGUCUCUGGGCUGUCUCCUAGUACAAACCAAACAUCUUUGUCUCCUGCAGCCCCUAUUUGCUUGGUGGCAAAGUGUCCGAGACAUGACACUUGCCCUAUUCAAAGCAUAGCUUGAGUUGCUGUGUUAUUUUUAGCUUUGCCACCAUGUGUAAUAAAGCAGAUGCUCAAUGACACAUUUAUCAUAUAAAUAGCUCAGGAAGGAGUUCCCAGUUUUCCCAGCAUUGCAGAAAGAGCGACAGUUGAGUUGUAAAUAAGGGUGUCUGGAAUGUGGCACUCCUCCUCCAGACCUGGGACAGCAGGACCUGGGCCACUCUUAAUCCUGAUAUUAAAAGUGUGAAUCAGAAGGAGCAAUUAAGGGUGGGGAGCAAUUUCCUGGUGUGAAGUGGACCUGACGUGGUGGACAUCCAUGGCCAAAGAGGAGUGACUCGUGGAGAUGUGCAUCCCAAGGAUUCAGCUGGUCAAGAUGCCACCCCUAAAUGCUAACAAAGGAUCCCAGAUAGUUCCAGGGUGGGUGCUUUUGGUCCUUCAGGCUCUCCCAGGAGGGGAACAUGGGCAGAAGGAGGGAUGCUCCCAGGUUGUGGGCUGGCUGGCACAGGGUGGUGGUGCAUCCUGAGGACCACACUGUUGUUUCUCUCUUCCAAAGACCUGUACACAGCCCCUGACUCCUGCAAGGAACGCUGUGAGGAGCCUUACAAUGAGAAUGACAAGUGCCACUGCAACGCCGAGUGUGAGAUGUACCACAACUGCUGCGAGGAUUACUACAGACACUGCCAACCCGGUGAGCAUCCCUGGGUGAUGGGGGGUGAUCCUGAAGCUGCUAGAGAACAGCUGUGGGAUACAAAGGGGUUGGUUACAAGCAUGUGUCCACCUGUGUUGAUGUGCAUUUGUGUGGGUGGUCCUGGGCAGCCCCCAGCCCACCUCUCUAUCACCCUGACCUUCUUUUCGUUUCUGCUCUGUGCAGGUGGAGAAUGGGCCAAGGAAGCUGCUCACACUCGCGAGGGUUUCUCCAGCAGGCAAGAUACCAUCACCGAUGAGGACCUUCUGCACAUCUCGGAGCAGCUUUACCAGGCAGAUCACAACAAAGCCCAGCCAACCGACAUCACCAUUAAGCCCCAGUACCAGGCAUCCCCUGAUGAGACGGGUGACCAGGAGGACCGCUCCCCGCAGCCGCUCUACAAAUAUGUCAAUGAGAAGCUCUUCUCCAAACCCACCUAUGCAAGCUUCAUUAAACUGCUGGACAACUACCAGAGGGCCACUGGCAGGGAGGAGGACGUGACAGCGGAGGAGCUGAGGGAGCAGGACAGCUUCCUCAAGGAGGUGAUGAAAACUGAGCUCAUGAAGAAACUCUUCACCUUCCUCCAUGAAAAAAACCGCUAUGGCUCCAAGCAGGAGUUUGUUGCUGAUUUGAAGGAGAUGUGGUUCGGCCUCUACUCCAGAGGGGAUGGUGAGCGGGACUCCAGUGGUUUCGAGCAUGUCUUCUCAGGGGAAGUGAAAAAAGGGAAGGUGUCUGGAUUUCACAACUGGAUUCGCUUCUACCUCCUUGAAAAGCAGGGCAUCAUCAACUACUUCAGCCACAAUUUCAACGGGCCAUGGGACACCUACCCUGAUGUUCUGGGGCUGCAGUUCAGCUGGGACGGCUUUUACAAGGAGGUGGGCUCUGCCUUCAUCGGCUGCAGCCCCGAGUUCGAGUUUGGCCUGUACACAUUGUGCUUCGUUGCACGUCCUGGGAAGGCAUGUCACCUGAGCCUGGGUGGCUACAGCAUCAGCAUCCAGACCUAUGCCUGGACCAAGUCCACCUACAGCAACGGCAAGAAGUACAUUGCCACUGCCUAUGUGAUCUCACCCUAAGGCUGGGAGGAGUCGGGGUGCCAGCAGCCCCUCUCUGGGGCCCUGGGCUGCCCCACACCAGGGGCCUGUGGCACUGGUCAGGACUGGUCCUGCUGUGGGAGACAGCCAGCCGUGCUGCAGGACCAGUGCAGGGUACCAGCAGGAGCUGGGAAGGACAGCACUGGUCAUGCCCCGCAUGGACACAGCAAGAGAAUGGAGGCAGCAGCCUCAGCGCCCCCCCCGGUCCCAUCGAGUGUUGUUCCUCGGUCUCAGCAGAAGAGCAGGAGGAAGGGAGAGACUUGCAGUGGAAAGUAGCACCCCCAAGCAAAAUAAAUACAGACCCUGGAUGGAGACGUGUUUAACUCUGCAGUGCAGGAGCUGCUCCUUGCCAUGCAGCUGGCUCACCCAUCAGCAGCUCCUCUGCCCCGCCACUUCUGUGCCAGGGAC